AUGCCCAACUAUGCAAAAUUCCUCAAAGACAUUUUGAGUGGUAGGAGGUCUUGUGAUGCGGUGGAGACGGUCAACUUGACCGAGAAUCGUAGUGCAAUCAUAAUGAACAAGUUGUCACCCAAGUUGAAAGAUCCCGGAAACUUCUCUAUCCCUUGUGCCAUUAACAAGAUGCAAAUUGAUAAUGCCUUAUGUGACUUAGGAGCUAGUGUUAGCUUAAUGCCAUAUUCAGUUUAUCAAAGACUUGAGUUAGGGGAAUUCAUGCCUUCUAAAAUUACCUUGCAAUUGGUCGAUAGGUCAAUUAAGAUUCCUAAGGGGAAAGUUAAGGAUGUUCAUUUGAGAGUAGGGAAGUUUGUAAUUCCGGUAGGAGAAGAGGUUAUUGAAUUUGACUUGAAUGAAAGCAUAAAAUAUCCAUGUUCUUCUCUAGAAAAUUGCAUGUUGAUUGAUUCUCUUGAUCAUGUUGUAGCUUCCAUGCAUGAGAACUUGCUCCCUUCUAAUGAUCCUCUUGAGAAUAUCUUGUUGAACAAGGAUAAGAUAGGUGCUCCUAUCAAGGAAGUGGCAAUGUAUGAGGAUUUGCUAAAGGGAAGCAUUGAGGAAGUGGAUGAGUAUAUGUGCAUGAAUAUCUGA